AUGACUGUGAACAAGGAAGUGUUGAAAAAUUGUCCUAACACAACAAAUUUUGGACUUGUAUCAUUUGAAUAUCUCACCGAUGUCUGCUCAGUUCGAUAUCGUUUUGCACCAAAUGAAGAUGAAGUUAUGAAACAUGAAGAGUGCCGAAAAACGGUGAAUCAUUUAAUUGAAAAUGCUCACACUAUGACUUGGGGUGAACAAUGGAAAUGCAAGCAGCAUAACUAUACCAUACCAGUGACUAGUUAUUAUAGUUUCAAUGUAACUAUAGAAGAAGUUGAAGUAGUCGAACUUGAGAAAGCUGUUGACGCGAAAUGUAUUCUACCAAUGAUUUCAUUGAAUCGAUCCCUACGAGCCUACUGGAUGAAUUAUUUUGGUGGAUAUCAAUGGGAAAUCGAUUCUGUGGAACAAUGCAGUGAACCAUUUUUAGACCCACCAGAUUUAAAAAUACUGCCAAAACUAAGGAAAAAUAAAAUAUUCUGCAGUGUAGUUAUCUUUAUACUUUAUGGACAUUUAAAAACAGCUAAUUACGACAAUAUUUUCAAGCGUAUUUCCAAUGUAGUUACCCAUCUUCAGUCGACUUGUUCACAUGUGGAAGCGUAUGAAUUUCAAAAAAUUCGUUCAAAUUAUCUUGCUUUGAUUGAUAUGCUUAUCGACAGAACUAUUGAGGCUGGAAAUUAUGGUUAUCCUCAAUAUGAUAUUAUAGCAGUAUUAUGGGGAAUUAUGCGACAUUUUAGUAGAAGCAUAGCAAAUUAUUACGGGAAUUAUUUAUACGCACAAGAAGAAAGUGAACGUCUACGCGGUUCAGUGGUUUUCGCUCAUCCUAAAAAGCCAAAUCACACAGUUCAUUGUGGAGAUGACAUAACUGUUGAAGUUCAUAAACCAAAUUCAUCAAAUGUCGUAUUGGUAUGCACAAAAAAUUCAACAGGGAUUGGAGUCAAUAACUUGGAGCUAGCCUCAAAACCUGUCUUUGUCCAGAUAGCAUUUACCAAGGAAACUAUUUUGAAGCUAAAAUUCAAUAUUGUUAAAAGUCCUACGUUUGCUCAUUAUAUAUGCAUUUAUUUGAGUCCUGAGAGUCGAGGUUAUAUAGAUGAAAAGGAUACUUGUCCAAUGGAAGAAGGUGAACAGUCUAAAAUGAAAUUUAUCGGAAAGAAGAGUGGUUUAUAUGCCUUGGUGAAGAUUACCACAGAACUCGACACAUCUCGAGCGUAUAAUGCUAACAAUCUAGCGAAUGGAUCCGUAUCACUAUGUCAUCUGAUUGUCAUAUGUCAAUUAUUCCUUGCAGCUAUACCGAUAGCCUCCAUUCUAUGGACAAAUUGUGGGACUAAAUUCUACUAUGAACGCGAAGAUAUGUAA